UAUGCGACGACAGUAAUUUAAAAACAUGAUAGCACCUCCAAAAAUCCCCAAAAUAUAUAAAAGGAAAGGUCAAGAUCAAACAUUUCGGAAUUUAAGUUCGACGACACAAUCAAGUUUCCAAUCAUAAACAAAACCAAAAUUUCAAAACCGACAGAGGCAUCUAACCAACGUGCUCAAUGGCUCAUGCAUGUUUUGAAUUAGUAAUAAGCUUGGGCGGUGCUAACAACCAACUACUGUUUGUUCGAUUGACAAUAAGUAAUGACGAGUUUGGCAAAAGUGAAUACCUAUAAAUUGAUAUGAACUGGAGCAUAUGAAAUCAUAACACACUUUACCAUCUCUUGGAUCAUUUCAGUCCGAAAAAAAAACCAAAACCUCUUCAAUAUGUUCAAAUACACCGUUGUCAUCUUUGCUAUCAUCGCCUGCGCUGUCGCCAAACCAGCACCAGGACUUCUUGCUGCACCACUUGCAUACUCUGCUCCAUUGGUUGCUGCCGCUCCAGGAGUUGUCACUGCGACCAGUAGCCAAGUGAUCGCAAGGAAUUACAAUGGAAUUGCAACUGCACCUGUUUUUGCUGCUCCAGUAGCCAAAUAUGUUGCCGCUCCAGUUGCAGCCCCAUUAGCAGCUAGAUAUGUAGCUUCUCCAUAUGCUUCGCCAUUGGCUUACUCAGCUCCUUUGGCUGCUGCUCCUUUGGGAUAUGCUGCUUCAUACGGAUAUGCGUCUCCUUUGAGCUACUCGUAUGCUUCAGCUCCUCUUCUGUUGUAAGAAGAAAAGAUGAUAACGAAA